AUGAAAAAUAUCAAUACCCAGACAGAAGUGAUUGCCACUUAUGAGUCCUCCAGGACAAGGCGCUCUUUGGUCGAAGGGAAUAUGCUCAAUAACGAUUCCAAUAAUGAUGAAGAAUAUGAAUCAAAUGGAUUUUAUGUUAGGGAAAAAACAACCAGCAAAGAAUCAGACUCGACUUGUUCAAGUAACGGUCUUGAGGAAAAUCCAGGUGUGAGCGACGACGCCUCUGUUGAAAAAUCGUCGUCUAAUGUCGAUUCAAUUAGCGAAAAUUAUGUAGCUGAAGUGGCCGUUAAUAUGGAUGAUGCCGAACCAACCGAAAACACAAACAAAGACGCACCGGAAGAAAAUCCAAAACUAGCGGUGUUGUCCAUUCAGGAAUCUGUAGUGGAAAAGGAUUAUGAUGAGCAAACCGCUAGCUCCAGUAACGAAAAUAUCGAAAGUAUCAUCAAUGAUGACAGUUUAAAUUUUCCGGAAACUAUCGAAAACAGUAAAUCAUCCGACUGCAAAGACGACCAGGAUCUUGCUCCCAAACCAUACUAG